UGCGUGAAAAGCAUGGAGGGAAAGAUGACCGUGGCCUGACCACAAACAUAUCGUGCUGUGAAGCUGACUAAUGUUGAGUUGUGUUGGUAAGUCUAACCAACAGAAAUGGUGGCUCGAUGACAGGCUACAAAUCACAAUGUCUUCCUGCACAAUCAUGCAUUCAUCGUGUCAACUUCUGAAUUGGCACACAAAGACCAAAGCAUUAACAUUCAUGUGAAGGUUUGCAAGUUGUAGGAUUUCACCCCAAAAAUUAUCAAAAGAAACACAAAGAUUGUGAGGAAAAACAGACAAGCAAAGGAUAAAAAAUAUAUUCUAUUGUAGAUCAACAGAAUCUGAAAGCCAUUGUAGCUCCUGUGCUAUUAAGCAGAGGGUAAUUAACUACUGGACCAGAUCUAGGUUAAAAUGGAAACGCCAUAGUCCACAACAGAUAAAUAAACAAAGACAAACAAUAAACUAAUAAAUGCCAUUUCAUUUAUUUGAAGUACUUUAGAAUUAUCCUUCGUAAUUCAAACUUUUACCCUUUGGGUUAAAGAUCUAAUAAAGGUUUAAUUCUUAAUUCCUAAUCUAAACUUCCCAUUUUAUGUAUGGCUGGUCAUCUAAUUACUUUGAAUUGGACUCAUUUAUGUUUAAGUUUGAAUGAAGUUUGUACAAUUCCUUUCUUUCAGUUUAUACAAUUCUCUCAAUUUAAUUUCAAAAAGAUUUUUGUCACUUUAAAAUCAAAGUUUAGGGACCACCCUUUAAAAGUACAAAAAAGAUAUAUAUGUUCACAUGGACUAGGGUUUGGGAUUGUGUCGUCAACACUGACGCGGCCACCCCAUUGGCUGCCUCCGAGUCCUUACUUGUUACUCCAGACAAUGGCGCGUUCAGUCUUGUUCUUGCGGCUUAAUUUGAACUAUGAAUCAUUUUUACACAACCAUGGUAAAUCGUUGCUGUGUUAUGGGGUGCAACAUGUGAUCGCCAGAGAAGAAGCUGGAAAAUGGGAUAACAUUUCACCUUUUUCCAUCUUGGAGGCACGAGCACAGAAACCAAGUAUCUAGCAUUACAAAGUCUCGUCGGAUUGUUUGGAUCGCAGCUGUAAGGCGAUCAAACAUAACCUUCCAGAGUAUGUUCUUUCUGGUAAGUUACAGAUGUACGUUUUUUUUAAUAUGUUGUUUCUUUCCUUUAACUGCAACAUGCACAAACAACACACACAUAUGCAACACUCACACACUCACCGGUAGGCUAAUGAGGGCACUGACACACAACACAACUUCUGCUACACUUCUAUGGGAAGACACUUUCGAUUGUUGUACUAAAAAAAUAGCAAAUCAAACAUUUACCUCUCUUCCAGAUGUUUACAUCUGCUCACACCACAAACACGGUGCACCAGUCUUGGGUCUUUCAUAAAGAUCCAAACUGUUAAUAAUGCUGAUUUUGUCCAUAUACCGGUCCCCGGCUUCUCUAUUUAACGUAUCCCUGCUUAUUACGCAUAAUGUUUUGGAUUUUAACAUGUUUAACACUUCCUUUCUCCCAAAUCUGCUACUUCUCUGCAACGUACUGUUUGUUUUCACGGUUUGUUUACACGUUGAUGGCAAGGCCAUCAACAUGUCUGCACACAUCCCAGAAUGCAACACAUCAGGUGUGAUCUUGAGCCUGAUUACCAUCAACAUAUAAAAAUAUGGACAUACUGUAGCCAAGGCUUAAUUUGAGCCGGAUCUUGCCGGAACAAGAUCCGGAUACUGUCUUAUUUUGAAAGGACCAUUCCAGAAACUGUCUACUAGGUUCCGGCAACUCAUGUGACCAACUUGUGCUAUACGCAGGGUCCGAAUUACAGGUGAGCUAAAGGGAGCUCCUGGAAGCCCUCAGCUUACACACCCAGGGGGAGCCCCCCAAAAGAUCCUGGUUCUACUUAUAUGAACUAAUUAUUUGGACUCUCCGGGGAUUAUUUUGAGCUGAGAAGCGCAGAGCGUUCCGGGAUCCUGCCUCAAGUAGAGGAGUUUAAGUAUCUCAGGGUCUUGUUUACGAGUGAGGGAAAAAUGGAGCGUGAGAUCGACAGGUGGAUUGGUGCUGCGGGCGUUGUACCGGUCUGUCUUGGUGAAGAGGGAACUGAGCCGGAAGGUGAAGCCCUCGAUUUACCGAUAGAUCUAAGUUCCAUCCCUCUUUUAUAUUUACGAGAUUUGGGUAGUGACCGAAAGAAUGAGACCGCCCAUACAAGCAGCCAAAAUGAGUUUUCUCUGCAGGGUGGAGAUAGGGUGAGAAGCUCAGUUAUCCAUGAGGGGCUAGACGUGCUGCUCCUUCACGUCGAGAGGAGCCAGCUGAGGUGGCUCGGACAUCUGGUCAGGAUGCCUCAACGCCUUCCUGGUGAGGUUUUGAUAAAUGAUAAUGAUAAAUGACCCGCACUUGUAUAGCGCCUCUCAGAGUAAGAACUCCAAAGCGCUUUACACUACAGUGUAUCAUUCAUCCAUUCACACACACAUUCAUACACUGGUGGGGAUGAGCUACGAUGUAGCCACAGCUGCACAGCUUUCCGGGCACGUCAAACUUGUAGACCCAAGGGAAGACCCAGGACACGAGGGACUAUGUCUCUCAGAUGGAUAAAGAAUGCUUUGGGAUUCUCCAGGAAGAGCUGGCCCAAGUAAGGAAAAGGGAUGAGCCUCCUUGCUUAGGCUACUGCCCCAUGUGACCCGACCCCAGAUAAGCGGCUGAAAAUGGAUGAAUGGAUGGAUGGAUGGUGAUUAGAUUUCAAAUUUACGUGUGAACCAAUGGUUUUGUAUUGGGACAUUCAUCUUUACUCAGACACGCUUUUCUUUAUCUGUUUUUUUUUUUUUUAUGAAGUUGGACCAACCUAACCCCAACACUGACCACAACGUUUAGCAAUGAGUUUAUGGGAAUUUUUAACCAUUCCUCCACAAGUCAGGCACCAAAGUGGAAGGUCUCUGCUCUAAUUCUUUCCAGUUUACAACAGUUUACAACACCUGAUUCUACUGAUUUGAAAGAGUGUCCCAAUACUUUUGGCAAUACAAUGAAAUUGUUUUUUUAAAGCCUUAUAAAAAUACUACUGUAAAAGUAAAUCUGGAUCAUUGGAGCAAAAAGAAAAAUAUGUAAUAGAAUCUGUAACUGCAGAAAACGUUAGAAAUACAGGUUAUGGAAUGCAAAAUACAUAUAUAACAACAUGAAUACUUGACCUGUUGUUUGCAUUCUUUUUCUGAAUCUUACUGUUAACUGUUUUGUAAAGCACUUUGAUUUGUUACAGUUCUUUUUAAUUUACAAAAAACCUGAUUUGACUUAAAAAUUACGAUGUGCCAAUGAUAAAACGAACCAUGACAAAAAAUAUAUAUAUAAAAUCUGGUGAAAUACAGGUUAAAAAAGUGAAGUCAGUCGCAAUAAACCAAACGACAAGCUGAUUAUAAAGUUUUACAAUAGAGUUUGCGGUGAUUGGCAGUUUGUUGCCCUGACAUCAAAGGUCUGAUGAUAGACAGCCGUGAAUGACCUGAAUCCAGAAGAGCAGCAUCACCAGCAACGCAUCAGCUAAAUAUAAGAUGCUGAGAAAACCAGGGAGCAACCGUUUUCAUCUUCUUCAUACCCCGCCCCUUACAUACACACGCACACAACACACGCGCGCGCACAACGAGCUGCUCCCCAGACGCACGGUGAUGGAUGGAUCGGUGACGCGUAAGGAGCGUCACAUCCAGCGGCUCCACAGAUGAGGAAAAAGGCUCUGCGCGGCUCAUCAGGUCGUAAUUAAAGAACCAUGAAGCUCACGCCGCGACUGUCGGAGGGUGUGGAUGGUUUUCUCUCCAUCUCCGCGGCAGGGGUGACCUGCCAGGUACGUCUCGCCAGGUCCACAUUAGGAGCAGCAUCUGCUGAGCGUCAGCUGAAAGGAACCGUCGUCUCACCUAAGUGAUCUUCUCUUAAUUCCUGGAUUUUUUUUGCGUCCCACAGAAAGUCGGAUCGUCGUAACCUUGUUUUAUCCUGACUGAUAUGACUUCUGCCCUCAGAUUAUUUUUUUAAAAAGCUUCAAAGGGGAAGCAAAAUCUUCGUUUGGUGUUUACUUACGCUGCCAGCAAUUACAUGCGACAUAUAGACCUAGUUACCGAGAAAAUCUACCGAGUGAACAAUGGAAAAGCUUUCAUCAUCAUGUCAACAUAAAGGAUAGAAGAUGAAAGCGAGAGGGUCUGAAGGUGAUGACAUAGUCAUCACUGAUAGGAACAACGGCAUCCCUGCUCCUAUAAAGGAGCCCCAGAAGAAGAAGAAGAAGAAGUCCCGUCCUCACGGUCUCCCGUCUCCAGCUCUUUGCUGUGCCUGUGGCCUAUGCAUCAUGCUGGCAGGACUCAACAUCACCCUGGUGGGAGCGUUCGCCUUCAGCACAUUGGUGCCUUCUGCCAACCCCCCGAUCAUCAUUGGACCUGCCCUGCUGCUGGUGGCCUUCUCUUUUUUUGGAGCCUGCUGCGUGUGCAGCCGCCUCCCUCCUCCCCACAGCUCACGGGGAUCCAAGGCGAGCGGCAGGGGCACGGGGCUGAUGGGACACGGCGGACUGGCCGGCGGGGCAGCUUUUGAAAUAGAGACCAGCGAGCACACCCUGCAGGACACCACAGCCGUGCAACUGAGCCCAACAUCUUCCCCUGGAUCGUCAAGGGCCCCCAGCCCAGAAGUGGAGGAUCCUGGUGCAACCCUGCCUUGCGAGCUAUUCACCAUGGAGACCAACGGUCCUAGCGGUGCUCCAGGCACCGCGGUGUAUUCGGUUUCUGAAGCAGCAGACGGGGAGGUGAGGCUCAACCUCCCACGUGAGGAAGUGGCCACCUAGACCAGAACCUGAGUUCUGUGUACAUAUGCUUCUCCCGAGUCUAGGGGUUGCAGGCAUUGAUUGUGUCCUUUUGUUUACGUAGUGCCACAUGCAGAUGUUAGCAUGCAAACCUAACCAAGCAUCAGAGUAUUUGGGGAUUCUUAGAUAAAGGAAUUUAAAUUCCUACCUCCCUUACAGGUCUGUCAUAAAUGAGGGGCAUUAUAAACACCUUUGUGGAAGGAAUUUAUUUUCUGCUGCUGCUGCAGCGAUCACGUCAGUCGAUGGACUUUUCAGAUGGUUUGAGUGAAAAUUUUUGAUCAUUCAUUCAUUCAUUCUGAAAUGAUUACAUUUGAAAGGUCAGCAACUGAUCUUGAUUUUGUGAGCCGUGCUGAGUAAUGAAUUUUUUUAGGGUCGUGAAAGUCCACCGGCCACAUGGUCCCAAAGCAAUGUCCUCUCACUGCCGGUUAGCAUCUCGGCACAUAACUACAGCCAUUAGAUUUAGCAUUUUGUGAAAAUGUGCGCAAUUUUGACUCUUAGAUGCAUUCUUAUCGUGGUUUGAUGUAGUUUUUGUCACCAUGCCAACAGUAACACUAUGAAAACUGUGAUUCACUAUGUGUCUGAUAAGAUUCUGUUGAACUUUCCUGGUAUUUACGUCACUGGAAAGCCAAGUUUUACGGAGUUCCCUAUCACUGUGAUGUCUUCUUGUGAGCCAUAAGCCUGAGCGGUCGCAGGAGACAUUAAAACCCUGAUCUCCUUCGAAAGGAAAGUUGCCUUAGACUGAAACUUCAGGAUUAAUCUAAUGAGGGCUAAACUAAAGUGCACAACAGCAGUUUUCUUCAGUAAGCCUCUCUUUUACUCUGAAUUUGACGGAAAGAGUUGACUUUUGUUUUGUAAUUAUUAUAAAUUGCAUGCAAAAUGAUCUAAGUGUUCCGUGUAAAUGUAAAUCUAAGAGGAGCAGCAGCAGACAGACAGAGCCACUCUUUUAUCCUCAAAGCAGGCAGUUUUUUUUUACUAGCUUCACGCUAAACACCGAAGCUAAGAUCAGUUCUGCAUGUUUUGGAAAUAAUAAAAAAAAAAACGGAGAAGCACACACAACCUGUUGUGGAAUGCUGGUAUUGUCUGUGUUUUUGUUUGUGUGAGACAUAAAAAACAAGUAAAGGAUGACAUAUUUUUGUGAGGAAGUAAUCGACCCAAAUGUGAAUCCUUUAACGCGUGUGAAUAAAAAUGAUCUUUGGGUAAAA